AUGGCCUCUGAUGCUGGAGGAAAGUUCUCUCGUGCUAAGCCUCACGUUAACAUUGGUACCAUUGGUCACGUUGAUCACGGUAAGACUACCUUGACUGCUGCCAUCACCAAGGUCUUGGCUUCAGAUGGUGGUGCUGAGUUCAGAGAUUACAGUCAGAUCGAUAAAGCCCCUGAGGAAAAGGCUCGUGGUAUUACCAUCUCUACCGCUCACGUUGAAUACGAAACCAAGAACCGUCACUAUGCUCACGUCGACUGUCCUGGUCACGCCGAUUAUAUCAAGAAUAUGAUUACUGGUGCUGCUCAGAUGGAUGGUGCCAUCAUUCUUGUCUCUGCCACUGACGGUCAAAUGCCUCAAACCCGUGAACACUUGUUGUUGGCCCGUCAAGUUGGUGUUCAAAGCUUGGUUGUCUUUGUCAACAAGGUUGACCAGGUCGAUGAUCCUGAAAUGCUUGAACUUGUCGAAAUGGAAAUGCGUGAUCUUUUGUCUGAAUACGGUUUCGACGGUGAAAACACACCCAUCAUCAAGGGUUCUGCUCUUGCUGCCCUCGAAGGUCGUGACCCCGAGAUUGGUGAAGAAAGAGUCCGUGAGUUGAUGGACGCUGUUGAUGCCCACAUUCCUACACCUAUCAGAGAUUUGGAUAAGCCUUUCUUGAUGCCUAUUGAAGAUGUCUUUUCUAUUUCUGGUCGUGGUACUGUUGCCACCGGUCGUGUUGAACGUGGUGUUAUCACCAAGAACAGUGAAGUUGAAAUUGUUGGUAUGGGACCUACCGUUAAGACCACCCUUACCGGUAUUGAAAUGUUCCGUAAGGAAUUGGACCGUGGUGAAGCUGGUGACAACAUGGGUGCCCUCUUACGUGGUAUCAAGCGUGAACAAAUCCGUCGUGGUCAAGUCCUCUGUGCCCCUGGUACUGUUAGAUCCCACAAGAAGUUCAUGGCUCAAUUGUAUGUCUUGACCAAGGAAGAAGGUGGUCGUCACACUCCUUUUGUCAACAACUACCGUCCUCAAAUGUUCGUUCGUACCACUGAUGUCACCGUCAGUCUUCAACACCCUGAAGGUACUGAAAACCCCGAAGAGAAGCUCAUUAUGCCUGGUGACAAUGUUGAAUUGCAAUGUGAACUUGUUCAUGAUGUUGCUCUUGAAGAAGGUCAACGUUUCACUAUUCGUGAAGGUGGUAAGACCGUUGGUACUGGUAUUGUUACCAAGAUCUUGGAAUAA